AUGGUUCUGAAUACGAUCACCGUUGGCGCCGCCGUCACGCCAACUGUCAUCCAGACUUAUAUUUCGCAUUACCUCAACCGCAAGCCGCUUCACGGCAAACCAACCGCCCACCUCGGCUAUCACGAAGGUCUGCAGCUCGUCCGAGAAUUCCUCCAUUAUGCCGCCGAACACACUGUCGAAGAGGUCCAGGCCUUCACCCAGCAGUGGGUGCCGGUCCCAGCCUGGGUCAAGACCGAAGAAGUGACCGUUUCGUCCGCUCUACUUUCCAAAGCUGCCGAUAUGCUUCAAACGCAAUUGGGCCCGGAUGGCAUCGACCUGGUUGGCGGUAAGACAUGGUGGCAGUGGCGGCGCGACAACGCUGAGCUCAAGGCCGAGUGGAUUGAGAUGCGGGGAGACUACAACGAGCGCAAGGAGGCCAAGGACGAGCUGGGCUCGCGCAUCAUGCUCUACAUCCACGGCGGCGCAUAUUACUUUGGGAGUGUCGACGAGCAUCGUUACCAAAUGCAGCGCCACGCGCGGAAACUCAAGGCACGCAUCUUCGCCCCUCGAUACCGUUUGGCGCCCCAGUUCCCUUUCCCCUGUGGCUUGCAAGAUGCCAUUGCUGCCUAUCUUCACCUCCUGGAAAAGCACGAUCCAUCGACUAUUGUAGUUGCCGGUGAUUCUGCAGGAGGUGGUAUGGCGUUGGCCAUGCUGGUCGUAUUGCGCGAUCAAGGAAUACCACUGCCCGCUGGAGGAAUUUUGCUUUCGCCCUGGGUGGAUUUGACCCACUCCUUCCCCAGUCUGAGUGGAGACGGAAAAUGGGAUUAUAUUCCUGCACAUGGCUUCGUGCACAAGCCUUCAACCUCCUGGCCACCUCCCAACGACGAUGACAUGCAGACUAUCAAGGAAGCUUCGCAAGAGCUGAAUGCAAAGUCUGGAAAGAUCAAGGAUCUCGCCGGGAACCCGAAGGACCUGGCCGUGGACCAUCAGAAAGACCGCGCCCGUGGCUACUCGAUAGAGCAACCCCGCGAUGGUGAAACUCUGCCGUCGACCGAUGAGAUUCGGUCCAACGCUGCUCCACCGCCUCCUCCGGUGCUUUCGGUCAACAUUGAUGGCCAAGUAAUCACCAUCAAGGACCAGAUCCAGCUCUAUGCUGCCAACGAGCUCAUCACCCAUCCUUUGGUGUCACCCAUACUCCAACCGACUUUAGGUGGCCUUCCACCCCUUCUGAUUCAGGUGGGUGGCGGGGAGCUUCUUUGCGACGAGCAAAUAUACAUCGCGCACAAGGCCGCCUCGCCCAUGGACUACCUCCCCGACCUCUCCAAGAUGACGCCCGAGGAGCAAGAGAAAGUGCGGGAACAGGCUCAGAAGUAUCCGCCGACCGACGUGAAACUCGAAGUCUGGGACGAUCUUUGCCAUGUCACGCACACGCUGAGCUUCACUCGGCCGGCAAAACUCAUGUACCGUGCCGUCGCACAGUUUAGUGCCUGGGCUCUCGCGAGGGCGCAGAAUAAGCCAAUCGACAUUCUUGAUGACGACGCCGUUUCUCACAUCAGCAGCUCGUCAGAGUCAGGCAAUGAUCGCGAAGCAGCGACCAGCUCGGCGGACACGCUGCAGCGGACCAAAGAGCAGAUUCAAGACGGUGCGCAGGAGUCUGAGCCAAAGGCCAAGAACGGAAGUCAAGAAUCGGUAGUGGGAAGAGCCGGGGAUGCCAUACCGCCUUUCAAGAACCACAUGAUCCGCCAACGGAUCGACCGCCACGGUGCCAUUAGGGAUCUGGAACCCGCAUCAGAGCUAGAAGCGCUGCAACUCCCGGCGUCUGAGAUUGGUGUCAUCAAGGAAGGACCAGUGAAGAAAUGGAUGGGCAUCCAGGGGAGGUGGGCAAAGAAGUUUGAGAAGGAGAAGCGCGCUGUACAGAAGAAGAGGAUCGAGGAGUUUGCACAAGGGUAUGAGGAGUUUGAAGGCGAGACUCCACCACCGACAGCACUCGCGGGCCGACGACUGAAGGACAAGGAUAUGCCGAAAGCGAAGAUAGCCAAGGGCUGGGGUCUCGCCAUGUGGAGUGGGUGGGGAAGCAAGCACGACCAGAUGACGAUCAAACGCGAGACGCAGGCAGACGGCGUCAAGCAGGAGGUAGUGGACGAGGGCGGAAAAGGUUCGGCAGAGCGGGAAUCAAAGUCACGAGCUCGUUCACUGAGCACCAACAGCAAGAAGAAAAGUAAGCGUUCGAUCGCCUCCGGCCGUUCUCGUUCUCGCCGACGCACGAUCACCGACGAAGGACAGACCGAUUCCUCUGUCCCCCCUUCCCCCACUCUCACCCGAGGCGCUCUCGCCGCCCCUGUCGCCGACGCCGACGAUGACAACAGCACCCUGGCCAUCCCUGCACCGACAAAGCCAGGCACAAGCGCUGCCUCUGUCACCGCCACUAUCUCCACUCGCGCCCCUGAAGACGCCCUCAGCAUCAACACUGCCGCAAACUCCACUUUCUCCUCGCCCUUCCCAAGCCCUGGAGCUGGACAACCUACUGUGGUGAUAUCUGAACAUGCCGCCGAGGGAGCGCCCCCUACAAUCAUCCCAUAUACCAACAACUCCAGCACGCGCCCUUUCAGAGAUGGCAUCGCGUACCCUUUCAAGCUUAACGCUGGCAAUCACAAGGCCAACCCCAGCACCACUACGCUUAUGAGCUUUCAGGACAGUAUCAGGAAGAGCAUGGAGACGAGCAGCAUUGCUGAAUCUGCCACCAAGGCGGAUGAUGGCGAAAGGGAUGAUAAGGAUGAUCACGAGGAAAAGAAGAUGGAGACUGUCGAAGAAAAGAUUGUCGAAAGCCAGAACGAAGAUUCUGGGGAGCCGGCGGCGGAAGAUGCUGCGGCUAAGGCGGACGCGCCCGAGAGGCCGGCGGCGCCGGAGAGGUUUAUUACGGCUCAGGAAUUCUAA